UUAUCUUUUUAUCAUAAACUGUUUGACAAAAAUGUCCAGAUGCUUGUUCAGGGGUCGGGCCGGGGAAAGUCAUAGCCUAGAACCUGAAGAAGAUGGCUCUAACUACAUCAGGAGAGCUUUCGAUAAAGCCGCUGAGUGAGGUUCACGCAUCGUCUUUGAGCCCGCUGAAGGGAUGAUAUUUUCAACUGAACAAGAAGCCUAUCAGUUCUACAACACAUACUCCUGGGAGAUGGGUUUCGCUAUUAAACACGACAACAAGUACGAGAUAAAGAAAACUGGAUACAAGACUAAUCAGGAUUUCCUCUGCUCGUGCGAGGUAUCCUUGUUGUGCCAUUCGAGUUAUAACUUUUUUUCUAGUGUGAUCAACUAGCGAGCUCGACUAAUUAUUUGAUAUUAAAAUUAGUUGUUACUUGUUUGUCUAGGGCGGAGCAACAUAGGAAACACCACGUCCGCGCGGACCAAAUGCCCAGCAAUGGUUCGAGUGAAGAGGACAUCCAAUGAUGGCUGGUUUUUCUCUCGAGUUGUUUUGACUCACAACCAUGAGCUGGCAGAAAUGGUUGGUGUGAAAAAAGUCUGGAAAUGUCAUGAUGCAAUUGAUUCUUCGAUGAGAUAUCUCAGCAAACAUAUUCGUUCAAACAAUGUGCAAGUUAACAAGGUGUUUGGGGUCAUGGCUGACAUCCAUGGGCGUGCUGAAGAAGUCUCAUUCGGCAAGAGGUGUCUGAAAAAUCUUUGCGCAUCAAUUGCACAUGAAGCUAGCCAGGACGACAUCGCCAAGAUGCUUGAGCUUUUUGCAACAAUGCAAUCCCAGAACCCUGAUUUUUUCUAUUCAGUUAAGACCGACAUAGAAAGGAGUGUCUGGUCUCUUGUGGUGCCACUCGAAGAGCCGUGCUGAUUACUAGUUGUUUGGUGAUGUUUUGACAUUUGACACAACCUACAAGAGCAAUUUAUAUGAGAUGCCUGUUGGGCUUUUUGUAGGUGCCAACAACCAUUAUCAGUCUACUCUUUUCGAUUGUGUUGUUUUGCGAGAGGAGACUGUAGAGUCAUUCAAGUGGGCUUUUGCAACCUUCCUUGGUGCCAACGGCGGUAAAACACCAAAAACUAUUCUCACAGGUAUAUUUUUUUAAAUGGCUAGCUUCACGCAUCUAUAUGUUCAAUAUGCUCAUACAUGUCAGUGCAAAAUCUCUUAUUAGAAAUUUUUGCAGAUCAAUGCUUGCAGAUGGAGCGUGCAAUUGCUGGUGUUAUGCCUUCUACUGCUCACCGUUGGUGCAAACGGCACGUGAUGAAAAACAUCAAGGAGAAACUUGGGACCUUGUACAAGAAAGGUACACCAUUCAGCAUAGAUUUCAACUAUCUAACCAACGAGAUGAUGACUGUCGAGGAGUUUGAAUCUGGAUGGCAGUUUCUGGUUUCUAGUUAGGGACUACAAGAUAACAGGUACAUGCAGGAUGUGUUUCACUGCAGGGAUAAAUGGGCCAAGCCAUAUCUUAGCUCUAACUUUUGUGCCAAAAUGUCAAGCACACAACGGAAUGAGUGCAUGAUUAACGUUCUUAAAACUUAUGUAUCGCUAUCAGCACCGCUCAACAGAUUUGUGAUGCAGUAUAACGAACUAAUAGCCUCUCGUUGCGAAGAAGAGAACUUUGAAAUGGCACAUACAAAAAAGGUUUUCUUCUUUCUUCUUGACAGUACAGUAAAUAAUUACAUUCAUAAGUUAUCUGACUAGCAAUAAAAAUUGCGUGCUUAGCUUACUGAAUGCAUUUUGGUCUGUAGGAUGGUAAGGUGUUGCAUAGCAAUGUGCCCAUCGAGCGUCACGCCUCCAAGGUCUAUACUCGUGCUGUGUUCAAGUUAUUUUCUGCUGAGUUGUAUGAGGCAGGCAGUUACGUCAUGAAAGGUCAGAAUGUGGAUGGCCGCGUUGUCGUGCAACAUGUUGAUUCAGAUAGCCGUGCACACUGGUGCAAAGUAAGCUAUGUGGUUAUGGUUGAUCGAGAAAGCAACACUUACAACUGUGGGUGUGCCAUGUAUGAGCACAUGGGGCUUCUCUGCCGGCACGCUCUGAGAGUAAUGAUUCAUGUUGGUGUUCUUCGCCUUCCGACUCAUUAUGUGAUGAAGCGGUGGACUAGAGAUGCCCGGGACAUUUUACCUGAUCAUAUCAAGAAUUAUCAGAGAGACUCGGACAUUGGGGUUUCCAAAACUUUCAGGCACAAUAUUUUGUACGUGUGUGCACUGCAGGUGGUGAAGGAAGGUAACCUAUCAGUGUCGCUUUUCAAUCACGCAGUCCAGAAGUUGCUCUCGCUUGAGAAAGAGCUGAAAGCCACGGCUGCUUCCAAAUCUGAGACUAGUCAGCCAAGUACAAAGAUUGGGAACAGCAAGGCUGCAUCACAAAAUCACAAUGUGCCCAACUUUAGUGAUGUUCAACCUGCUGAUCAUGUUAUAGCUCUGUAUCCAGAGAAGAGACCAUCGCGUGGCCGCCCCAAAUCAAAGAGAAUGAAGUCGGUAGUUGAGCGUGUGGUGGAAAAAUCUAAGGAUGCAUGCUCUGUUUGCGGAUCAGAAGAUCAUUUUACUGAAGAUUGUGAGUGCUUGAAACUACCAGAUCAGAAUGACGGUUCCAGCUCUGAAGAUAACUAUGUACCAGAGUCUUGCUUUGAUGGUUCCGGGGAUGAUGGGCAGGACCAGUUCGACGAGGAUCCCGUGCCCGUGGAAACUUCAGAAGCUCGGACAACUCGCUUGAUGGCAUCUGCAUCAACUACACCUCUUGCAGCCCGUUUCGCUAGUGCAACUGCUACUGCAUCUCGUCAGUCCAAAGUUCCAAGCUCCGGCGGAAAAACUCCUGCUAGACGCAGAUGUAGUAUAUGCAAUGAGCAUGGACACUAUAAGGUGUCUUGUCCGCUAAAUGAUGAACCAAAGAAACCCCCUAAGAAGGUUCGAUGUGGCAAGUGUGGCAUGGGCACACACUAUGAAUCAACUUGUGGUGGCAAUACAACCUACAAACGACCUCGUCGUCUUCAGUAA